AUGUUCUCAACUUACUCACGGCUAGCGUUCAGAGGCUCGCUACGACGGCUUUCCACCGCGUCUGGACCCUCAGCACAGUCAAAGCCAAAAUAUAUCACCAAGAGAAGAGUGUUCCUAGCAGCAGGAGUUUUCACUGCAGCUUACGUUUCUACGGACCAGACAUCGCAGGAAGUACUCAGACAUGUGGGUAUGACGUCCAAGCGCGUGGGUAUCGCUACACAAGCGACGAUUCGAUGUCUUUACAACUACCAACGAGUGUUGCACCGCGAUUACAAUUCGGAAGAACAGCGUCGUGAGGCUCUGGGCCAGUGUCACCAGCUGUGUGCAGACAUCACGCUCAAGGCGUUGGAAGCAAACGGCGGAAUUUUCAUAAAACUCGGACAGCACAUCGCUGCAAUGACUUACUUGUUGCCUUCAGAAUGGACGGAAACUAUGAUUCCCCUGCAGGACAAGUGUCCUGAGUCAACGCAUGAAGAGAUUGUCGCAUUGUUCAAACAGGAUCUGAAAUUGGACAUGGACGAGAUUUUCGCGGAGUUUGACCCACAGCCGAUCGGCGUCGCAUCGCUAGCACAGGUGCACACGGCGAGGCUCAAAGCAGGAAGCCAAAAAGUCGCAGUGAAAAUUCAACACCCCUCGCUCAAGGAAUUCGUGCCCAUAGACGUGCUGUUGACACAGACAGUGUUCAACAUCGUCGAUUUCGCAUUCCCAGAGUACCCUCUUGGGUGGCUAGCAGAUGAACUUCAAAACUCGAUUUAUGUGGAGUUGGAUUUUACAAAAGAGGCCAGCAAUGCCCGUCGAACGGCCGAGUAUUUUGCAGACUACAUUCCCGAGACCGCUCUGCGGAUUCCCAAAGUUAUCAGCGCAAACAAGCGUGUUCUGAUUAUGGAGUAUAUUGGCGGUCACAGGUUGGACGAUCUGGAAUAUAUCGAUCAUAAUCACAUAAAUCGCGGCGAGGUCUCAUCAUGCCUAUCUCACAUUUUCAAUAACAUGAUAUUCACCCCCAACGUAGGAAUCCAUUGUGAUCCGCAUGGUGGGAACUUGGCGAUCAGACACAUUGAUCGUCCCCGUGGAUACCACAGUUUCGAAAUCAUACUAUAUGAUCACGGGCUGUACAGGCAUCCAACGACAGAAAUGAGAAGAGACUAUGCCAAAUUCUGGCUGGCACUUUUAGACAAAGACGAAGCCAAUAUGAAGAAAUACGCCAUGAAAUUCGCGAACAUCAACGAAACUCAAUUCCCGUUAUUUGCUGCGGCAAUAACCGGCCGAAGCAUAGAUGCCGCUCGGAGCUCUGAUCUUUUGAAGCCCAGAUCGGAUGAAGAAAUCAAGGUUAUGGCCAAAGCACUCACGGAGGGUACACUUUUGGGUGAUUUGAUGAGCAUUUUGUGUCGCGUCCCUAAGGUGGUACUACUCAUUUUGAAAACCAAUGACUUAACACGGCAUUUGGACGAGUGCUUGCAAAAUCCGCUCAGCGUUGAACGCACGUUCUUGAUCAUGACCCAGUACUGCGCGCGAACAGUUUACGACGAAGCGCGCCAGAACAUAAACUUAUCCUACCACCGCUGGUCGUUUACAUGGAUUGUCCGGGAGUUGAAAGCUUGGUGGGAAUACGAAAAACGGAAGAAGCAACUAGUGGUUUAUGACUUUGGAUUUUGGUUCAGAAAUAAGUUUUUGAGCGCUCGCUAG